AUGUUCCACAUUGCUACCGUCAUCGUCGCCGUCCUGGCCUCCACCGCCGUCGCCGCCACCAGCAACGACAAGCGCAUCGUGGCCCGCAACGCCGACGACAGCAUCGCCGUGAGCCGCUCCGGCGACGUCUACGUCUGCAGCCGCAACGCGGGCCCCUGUGGGGGCACCGACGUCGUGUGCCCGCCGCCCUCGAAGCGUGACUGCGCCGCGGUCCUGGGCGCGCGCGACGAUGCCAGGAUGAUUGCCGUCGCGGCGCGCUGCGACGGGGGAAACUGCAAGCACCCUUCGUCUUAG